AUGGAGAAAGUCGUCGCUUCUGGACCCCGAGACAAGGGUCUAGUAGCAAAAUUGGGCAUCGAAGAGAAACAUGAGUUCUUGCAGAACACGCUACCGUUAUAUCGCAAGAUAACACUGGCUCUCAUUCCGCCAUUACAGUGUUCACUAGGGUUCGCUAUGGGCCACGAUGAGGAUGAGUCGAAAAACGAGAAUGGUGCUCUCUCAGACCAUGGUGACAAUUCCCGAGACUCAAAUACCAAAAAUAGUGAAACCUCCGAUGCUGCUGGCCCGCAGGGCUCGGCCUCGGGGACCGAGGCACCUUUGACCGACGAUGUCGAUGUUGCGGUGCCAUUGGGUGCUGAUAGCGUUCUGGAGUCCUUUUUGGGAAUGUUAGCUACAGCACUGGCGGUGGACUCCUUGAAGAACAUUAGAAAUAACAUACAUGAACGCCUUGGAAUCGGCUUGGAGGUCAGCAAACCAAAACUCGUGGGCUAUUCUCUCUACGAAAGCAGUUCCGAAGAUUCCGAGGAGGAACUGGGCGACCAGGACCUGACAUUCAUGGGGGUUCGCUCACUGAAGUCUGCACUGCCAGCUUCAGAGUCUUUAAAGGCAGACGAAGAAUUCACUAUUAGGAACAGAAGCGACGCAGAGAGAUUCACACAGAGAAGUGACACAGAGAGAUCUACACAUCAAAUCGAUACAGAGAGAUCCACGACGAAAAGCGAGGACCAAACUGUAAUUAUCAAGAGCGACGUUUCUAGCAACCCAAGGGUCACAGAAAUGAAACGUACUGACACUACCAGCACAAUGAACUCAGAAGAUCCGCUAAUGACGUUUGCGGAAAUCAUACAACCCGAGACUUUUUAUAUUCCUCCUCCCAAAGAGCGUAGCGUUUUGCAAAAGUCAAUGAUGAAGAACAUGAGUCUAACUACCAUAGCAGACAGGGUUCUCAUCAAGUCGGAGGAUGAAUUAGAGGAACCAGAAAAUGAGAGCGACCAAGACUUUCUCCGAUGGCUUACCGGAGAAAAGCUUCGGGAUUCAUUUAUGUUAUCAGAUGACGACUAUUACUAUGCAAGGUUUAGUGCAUGGCUCAUCAAAGAUGUCCUUCUCCAGGGCCACGUCCACGUCACCAGGGACGCCCUCUGCUUCUAUAGUUUGCUUCCCAACGAAGCUCCUGAAGUGGAGCCCAAUAAUGCAGACUUGACUCUCUAUUCCGGUUCAUUGGGACACAAAUUGGGCCAUUAUGGAGAUUCUUACUUCACCUCAGUCUACACCCACCAAUUCUGGGGAGUUCUCAAGCCACAUUCAAUGUGCAUCUACACUUCCCCCACUGAACAGUAUUUCCCCGUUAAAGUGAUUGACUUAAACGAAGCGUCAUAUUGUGAAAUUGAAAAUUUCUCUCCGUCUCAAGCCACAACUCUGCAUGACCUGCCACCCCUGCCAGUGAACAUGACCAGAUCUAAUUCAGAAACACUGCUUUCUCAAUUGACGUCAGAAUCGUCCAGUUUGACUGAUGAGGCAUUGGCUAAUGAAGACGUCCAAUCGGGAGUGUGGUUCAAGAUUGUGUGUAAAGACAAAACUUACCGUUUCCAUACGGGAAACAUUUAUUCUGCUCGCCAUUGGUAUAAUGCAAUUACCAAAGUGAUUUUUACUUUACAAAACACUAAUGCGAAUAGAGAGGUUAUUUUCAAGAUCCCAAUGAGUGAUGUUUUGGAUGUUAAAAAGAAUUAUGUUCUUACGGGUGAAUUGGAUGAAAAGAACUACGAUAAUAACACCCCUGUUUCUUUUACAGUUAAAUUCGCAACUCUGCCUCAGACAAAUUCUAAGAUAGAAAAAAUGAAGAUGAAAUCUAACAUCGCAAUGUCUCGGACAUCUCCUCAUGAUUUUGUGAAUAUUCUUUUCUUCAUAGGUGGAGUUGACUUCGAGAAGUUGAUGAACCUGAUCUUUACAGAUAAGGUGGGAGGAGCUCUGGAACUUCCACUCAACACAAGAGUUCGCCUCAAGGCGAAGAAAAUGUUGGAUCCUGAUGCUUUAUCAUUAAAGAGCAAGCAUCAUUCUACUUUCAUCUCGACUCUUAAUCCUCAAAUUCCAGGAGUAUCACUAAUUGACAAGAUCGUCAAGACAAAUGAACAGAUCGUACAGUUCCGAAACCUUGAACGUCAACGCUACGAUGCCGAGCUUUCAAGUUCCGAGACAGUUGGUGAAAAAAAGAAGACAAUGGCCAGACUCUUGAACGUCAUCAAACCGAGAUAUUUGGGUAGUGGAAGCACUUCUCCGACAGGAGUUAAGGAAUCGAUCUCAAUUGAUUCGAAGCUUUGGGACGAUCGAAUGGACAAGGCGUUCGAGAACUGGGAAGACGGAUUAGCACUUCAAUUUCCUAAACCAUUUUCUGUCCAAACACUACAAAAUUUGAGAUUGAUCAUGGUGACGAAACGGCGCAGCUUUGACGAAAUUGCAAGAAAGUUCAAGGAUUCUCCUUUGCUUGAGGAAAUCAAAAUGCAACAUCAAGUGAAACUUAGAAAGAAGAACAUGCGUAACGGCUCUAUAACCUCCGUCAAUGAGAGUUCCACAAUUGAUUUCGGUGAAUCAAUGCGUAAGAUGUACCUGACAGACGACUCGAGUUUAAGCAUAUCUGCACCGCAAAAGAAGAGCAAAUUCCAAUCUUUCAAACAAAGUGUGAGAACAGUAUCUUCUAUGGGUGGAAUCUGGUCUGCUGACCCAUUGCACUAUCAGCCUUUUGGAGUUGAGGAUCCUUAUUAUAUCAAAGAAAUUCACGAAAGGCAAAGCGCAUUAUCUCAUUAUCAGAAGCACUUUUCAUUGGCUCCAGACACAUUUUUGGUCUCGGCGUACUAUGCUUACUUGAAACGUACCUUUCCAAUAUAUGGAAAGUUAUACCUUGGAAAUGACCGACUUUGCUUUAGAAGGUUGUUUCCUGGAGUUUCUACCAGAAUGAUCAUUCCCAUCAAGGAAAUAACCUCAUGUACGAAAAUCAGAAGCUUCAAAUUCGGGAUCAAAGUUCUUGCUCAAGGUGGAAAGGAAUUGGUUUUGGAAUUUGCGACUCGCAAGAUCAGAGACGAUGCAUUCCACACGAUUUGGCUGAUCAUGGAGAAGUUUGGUAUAGAAAAGCCCAAAGAUGCCGAUACUCCAUCCGAUGCAACACUUCAGGAUGACGAAAAUUCUGUUCUCCUGGGAAAAGAAUUCCAACUGAGAGAAGAUGCCAUUGAACUUGCUAAGAAGAAGAUUCGCGCUGCCAAACUUCGUCUUCUUGAAGAUAGAGUAGGUGCUGCCUCAGGAAUUGAGUUCCCAGUUGUCUUAGAGGAUAAUCCUUUUGUGAUGACGGAGAUUGUGCCUACAGAACCUUAUAAUAUUACUCUUUUGACGAUUGGUUCAAGAGGAGAUGUACAACCGUACAUUGCGUUGGGUAAAGGACUUAUUGCUGAGGGUCACAAUGUGACAAUUGCCACACAUGUUGAAUUCAAGGAGUGGAUUGAAACCCAUGGUAUAGGCUUUAAAGAAGUGGCAGGGAACCCAGCAGAAUUGAUGUCUCUAAUGGUCACACAUGGGUCCAUGUCGGUGAGCUUUCUCAAAGAGGCAAAUUCAAAGUUCAAAGGAUGGAUAACGGAACUUUUGGAUACAAGUUGGAAGGCAUGCGAGGGCACAGAUAUUCUUAUUGAGAGUCCUUCAGCAAUGGGAGGUAUUCAUAUUGCCGAGGCCCUUGGCAUUCCUUACUUGAGGGCAUUCACCAUGCCAUGGACAAGAACAAGAGCAUAUCCACAUGCUUUUAUUGUUCCUGACAGCAAGAAGGGAGGCUCGUAUAACAUUUUGACUCAUGUGAUGUUUGAAAAUGUCUUCUGGAAGGGUAUUUCAAGUCAAGUUAACCGGUGGAGAGUGGAAACUCUUGGGCUCUCGAGAACAAAUUUGGUUAAGCUUCAGCAAUCCCGAAUCCCUUUCUUGUACAAUGUUUCCCCCGCUAUGUUCCCUCCCUCCGUUGAUUUCCCUGACUGGGUAAAAGUGACGGGGUAUUGGUUUUUGGACGAAGGAUCACAGGAUUACGAGCCUCCAAAAGCGCUUGUGGAAUUCAUCGAAACCGCCAAAACGAAUAAUGAAAAGCUUGUCUACAUUGGGUUUGGAUCGAUCGUUGUGAGUGAUGCCAAAAAACUCACAAGGGCCGUGAUUGAGGCCGUUCUUGAGCUGGGAGUCAAGUGUAUCUUGAACAAGGGAUGGUCGGAUAGAUUGAACAAAUCAAAGGAUGACUCGGUGAUCGAGCUCCCUCCCCAAAUCUUUGAUUCGGGAAGCAUUCCUCAUGACUGGCUAUUUAACCAAAUUGAUGCCGCAGUCCACCAUGGAGGCUCAGGAACUACGGGUGCAACCUUACGUGCUGGACUUCCAACCAUUAUUAAGCCAUUUUUUGGCGACCAAUUCUUCUACGCCUCCCGAGUAGAGGAACUUGGUGUGGGGAUUGCAUUGAAGAAGCUCAACACGAAAUCGCUCACCAAGGCAUUGAAUGCCAUUACAGGAAAUACCAAAUACCUUUACAAAGCACAAGCAGUGUCGCUGGCAAUGCAGACUGAAACCGGAGUUCUCACUGCGAUUGCUGCCAUAUACACUGAGCUUGCAUAUUCAAAGUCAAUCAUCACCACUAUCAGACAGAAUACUGAAGUGAGGAAGAACCUCGAUGACAAGUCUGGAGUGCAAACGCCUACUAUUGAUGAGAGCUCAAUUACGUUCGUUGCCGGAGGACGUGAUGAGGAAACUGACGAUGACGAUGACGAUGACGAUGAGGCUCCGAGCGAUACUAGUGAAGAAGAGUCAGAUUCUUCGGAGGAGGAAGAUGAAUUUGAGAGUGGGACAGAGGCAUUUGCAGACACGAAGUAA